CCCGCCGAUGGCCGCCGCCGGACCCCCGAGCCCCCUGCGCGGGGCGCCCUGCCGGCUGCUGCUGACCCUGGCGGUCUUCAGUUUUGCUUGUGAAGCCUGCAAAAAGGUGGUAUUUCAUACGCCUUCGACACUAGAGGCAGACAAAAUGGUGGGCAGAGUGAACUUGGGAGAGUGCCUCCGGUCUGCUGACCUCAUCCAGUCCAGCGACCCCGACUUCAGGGUUCUCCGUGACGGGUCCGUCUACACGGCCAGUGCCGCUGUGUUAGCAGAUGGGAGAUCAUUCACCAUAUGGCUCUCCGACACGAAGAAACAGGCCCAGAAGGAGAUCACCGUGCUCCUGGAGCCUCAGAAGAAGGUCCUGAGGAAAAGACACGCCAAAGAAAAGGUGCUCCGGCGAGCCAAGCGGCGGUGGGCGCCCAUCCCCUGCUCCAUGCAGGAGAACUCCCUGGGCCCUUUCCCGCUGUUUCUUCAACAAGUUCAGUCCGAUGCAGCCCAGAACUAUACCGUCUUCUAUUCAAUAAGUGGACGUGGAGUUGACCAAGAACCUUUAAACUUAUUUUUCAUAGAAAAAGACACUGGAAAUCUGUAUUGUACUCGGCCGGUGGAUCGUGAAGAAUAUGAUGUUUUUGAUCUGAUUGCCUAUGCGUCCACUGCAGACGGGUACUCAGCCGACUUACCUCUCCCGCUGCCCAUCCGAGUGGAGGAUGAGAAUGACAACCACCCCGUUUUCACGGAGCAAGUUUAUAACUUUGAAGUUCCAGAAAGUAGUAGACUGGGCACUACCGUGGGGGUGGUUUGUGCCACAGACAGAGAUGAGCCGGACACGAUGCACACGCGCCUCAAGUACAGCAUCAUGGAGCAGACGCCCCGGUCGCCCGGGCUCUUCGCCGUGCACCCCGCCACGGGCGCCCUCACCCUGGUGGCGCAGUAUCUGGACCGAGAGGUUGUAGACAAUUACAAAUUGAUAAUGAAAGUACAAGACAUGGAUGGUCAGUUUUUUGGAUUGGUGGGUACAUCGACUUGCUAUAUAACAGUAGCAGAUUCAAAUGACAAUUCACCUGUUUUCAAACAAAAUGCUUAUGAAGCAUCAGUAGAGGAAAAUACAUACAACAUGGAAAUCUUACGACUAUCUGUGGAAGAUAAGGAUUUAGAGAACAGUGCCAAUUGGAGAGCCAAUUUUACUAUUUUAAAGGGCAAUGAAAACGGGCAUUUCAAAAUCAGCACAGACAAAGAAACUAACGAAGGCGUUCUGUGUGUUGUCAAGCCGCUGGAUUAUGAAGAAAACCAGCAGGUGGUCCUGGAAAUUGGGGUGAGCAACGAAGCCCCUUUUACGAGAGACCUGGCGCUCAGGACACCCAGGAACAGAGCCGUGGUCACGGUCCACGUGCGGAACCAGGACGAGGGGCCCGAGUGCAAGCCUGCCGCCCAGUACGUGCGGAUUAGAGAGAACUCGGCCGUGGGGUCCAGGAUGAAUGGCUACAAGGCCUUUGACCCCGAGACCAAGAGCAGCAGCGGGAUAAGGUACAAAAAACUGCAUGAUCCUAACGGGUGGAUCGCCAUUGAUGAAAUGUCGGGGUCCAUCCAAACUUCCAAAAUUCUGGACAGGGAGGCCGCCACCCCCAGGAAUGGCUUGUACAACGUCACCGUCCUGGCCUUAGACCAAGAUAACAGAUCGUGCACUGGAACGCUUGUAGUGAGCAUCGAAGAUGUGAAUGACAAUGCGCCAGAAAUACGUCAAGAUUAUGUGACAAUUUGCAAGCCGAAGAUGGGGUACACUGACAUCUCAGCUUUCGACGCUGACGAACCUAUCCACGGCGCUCCGUUUUACUUCAGCCUGGCAAACCCGUCUCCAGAAGUCAACAAAAUAUGGACCCUCUCCAGAGUUAAUGAUACAGCUGCCCGUCUUUCCUAUCGGAAGAAUGCCGAGGUGAAGGAGUAUUACAUUCCUGUGACCGUGAAGGACAGAGCAGGGCAGGCUGCCACCAAAACCCUGCGAGUGAACCUGUGUGACUGCACGCACCCCAGCCAGUGUCUGGCCGCGGCACGGAGUGCGGGGGUAUCGCUCGGGAAGUGGGCCAUCCUGGCCAUCCUGCUGGGCGUGGCGUUGCUUUCUUCUGUAUUGCUGACUUUAGUAUGUGGAGUCGUUGGUGCCAAAAAGAAGAAAGGUUUUCCAGAAGAUUUGGCGCAGCAAAAUUUAAUUAUAUCAAACACAGAAGCUCCUGGCGAUGAUAAGGUGUGUUCUGCCAAUGGGUUUAUGACCCAGACAGUCAACAACUCUAACCAAGGCUUCUGUGGCACGAUGGGACCAGGGAUGAAAAAUGGGGGGCUGGAAACCAUUGAAAUGGUGAAAGGCGGACACCAUACCCUGGACUCCUGCCGCGGCCAUCACCACACGCUGGACUCCAGGGGAGGACACGUGGACAUGGACAACUCCAGAUACACGUACUCUGAGUGGCAUAGCUUCACGCAGCCCCGCCUGCGCGAGAAGCUGCACCUGUACAACCAGAACGAAGACCACCUCUCGUCGCCAGAUUACGUGCUCAGCUAUCACUACGAAGGGCGGGGGUCCCCGGGGGGCUCGGUGGGCUGCUGCAGUGAGAAGCAGGAGGAGGAGGGCCUGGACUUUCUAAAUCACUUGGGGGCUAAAUUCACCGCAUUGGCCGAAACGUGCACGAAGAGAUAAAUGUGUCAGGGCUGCCAUUACGUGGUUUUGUCAGACAUUCUGGAGGUUUCCAAAAGGAAUACUGUAAAGUUCAAUUUCAGUGUCUAAAUAUUCACAUAUGACUAUAGUAUAUGAAUUUUUCUAAAAUUUGAAUUAUGCUAAUUGCCCAUUUGUAUUUUUCAACAAGUUAUUGCGUAUCCUUUCUCUCAAGUUCACAUGUUAAAAACGAUUUUCACUUUCUUGAGAGCUGAGUAAACAGAGACUUGGCAAAUCUUACGCUGUAGCAUUGGAAUUGGAGUCUAUAAAGGAUCUUCUCUCCUUUACAGAAGUUAUCCCAAUAAGUAUGUUGGGAAAAUAUUAGGCCGACAAUAGCUGAGUGGCAUUUGGUUGAAUAUGGCAGAGCGGCUAUCUGUGCUGAAAUUCUGUUGUUCCAAAUUAGAUUUGAGUGGAAUAGGACUAUUUCAAACACGAUGGCAAAUUUUGUUGGAUUUUUUUUUUUUUUUUUUUUAGCUCUAAAAAGGCAGUAGUACCUAGUCAGUAGCCCCUACAAUUUCUAGAAUUCUGUUUCCUUCUGGUUAGCAACAGGACAAUGAAGAGCAGUCUUAUCUAUCCGAUUGCCCUAGUAAAGGUCUCAAAAAUACAUAGCCAUAACUUUCAACUAUUCUAGGGAAGUGUGCACCAAAAAUUUGUUAUUUUAUGCUUUUGGACAUGUGUUUUAUGGUUUAUAAAGGAUUAUUCUGAGGAAUAAGUUUCCUCAUUCUCAAGAAACAAGAUUAUACUCACCAUUUAGAGUGUUAUUGCCAGUAUUGUAAUGAAUUUAAAAUACUAAAAAUCUUUCAUUGAGAUCAUAAUCCCAAAUCUUAACUUUUCUUUCUCUCUGAGAUUCAGGACUACUAUUGAAAACUUGCCAGUAAUGAAAAUUAUACUGAGAAAAUGUUGCUUUUCUUCUCUUGAGCAUUGUACUUUUAUAUUUUCAUGUGCAACUUUAGCACAUAUGGCUCCUAUAUCCUCUCUAUGGUAGUCAUUUGAAAUCAUUAUGCUUUGUGGUUAAUGCCUUGUAAUCUAGAAAAAAAAAAAGACUCCUAUCAUAGUUAUAAGUGGCAAUGAGAACUAAACAUGCAUUUCCAUUCACUGCCAUUUUCAAAUAAAGCGUAUUACUCCAUUUUAAGGCAGUAGAUAUUACAAAAUGUCAAGAAUCAAAAGAAUAUAGGGCAACUUAACCCCUUGGUGCAAUGUGAUAUCCUUUAAGAUGUUUAAUGUAACGCUUCCCAGCUUUGUUUAUGGGCUGGAGCCCCUGAAGGCCUGCACAGUACUUCAAGACAAUGACAUUCCAAGCGUCAAGCAGUGAAGACGGAAUUCGUGCUAAAUCUAAUCACACUGCUGUAUACUUACUUCAAGUGACAGUUUGAAAGCUGAACUAGAAAUAUGGGGCAAAAGUAGGUUUAUAGUUGCAAUGCAAAUAAGUACCAUAGUAAUUAAUAAAUAAUAAUACAAGAAUAAGCUGUGCAUUUCACAUACAACUAUAAACCUUUAUUUACUAUCACCAACAGAAGGACAUGUUGGAAGAAAAAUAAUUAAACUUAACCUUAAAAAUUUUGCAGCUAUGAAUUGGGACCUAUUUCCUCCCACCCCCCAAAAUUCUUCCUUAGACUGUGGGACAGGAUUUGCUGAGCGAGCCCAUGAAGUGGCAAUGUGCUAUAGGAAUGUCAUUUGAACUAACUAUACAUGUAUGUGUGAGUGUAUAUGGGGACUAUCAUUUACAUGUAGUAUUCUUUCCUUAUAUGUGUAAGUUGGAAAUUAUGCUGUUUUAGUAUAAAAGAAAAUAUCUUUUUAAAGCUUUCAUUUUUCCAGCUCUUAAAUUUUUAAUGUAAAUGUACAGAUUGUUUUUUUCUUAUUUUUACAAAGAAGCAGUUAACUGUCUGUAUAAAACGCAGUGGUGUUUGCUAUUAAAAUAGUUACUUUUAAAGAAACAUGGCAGGUUAAAAUAGCAAAAAUUGGAUUGUGAAGUAAUAGUUACAAAUAUAGGAUGUAAUAAAACAAUGCUAACUUAA